ACAUACUCUUCGGUAUCCGGCUAAUAUGUUCAGUAUACAAUCCAGCCGCUGCCGGAGAUCCAUUUCAAGACCCACCCAUUGUCCUCGAACAUGAGCUUACUCAUCGAUCCCAGCAGCUCAAGCACCAACAAGCCCUCCCCACCAUAACGACUCAUCGCUUUCCCCUUCACCAUCGGUCGAACACUCAGAACUCCAAGAGGUCGUAAGGAAGGGAUUGAGACUGCGCAGUCAAGACGAAUCUUAGAACCGGAUCUCGUUCUCUAAAGAUCCGGACAUGCAUGACCACCGCCGCAAAACCACCACCUGGACAAACUGGAAACUUCGACAGCAAACAAGCACCACCUCAUCAGGCCAGCGAAAGACCCUAAAACUCAAGAUGAAGCUCCGGCCAUGAACAAGAAAGAAAGAAAAUGAAGGGACCCUCACGGAACCAGUACCAAUGCUAGAACACCGGCGACCGGAGGGGGCGAGAUCUGACCGGAAAAAGGGGCUGCGCUUCUAGAGAGAGGUUAGAGAGAAAAAGGGGAGGGAGGAGAGAAGUAGUAAAUAUUUUACCAGAAAAAUAAAAAAUAUUUACUAUAUCUUAACUAAUAACCUUAUGACCUCACUAAUUUCUGCGGGAAUAUAGUAUAGGGUUACUAUGGUAAUCUACUUUCACUCGAAGAAUACGCCAGCCCCCUAGAAAACAAUGUUGUGUGUAUUUACUUAAUUUGUCGAUCUUUUAUGGGUUUUGACCAAAUUAGAUGGAGAAGCCCAGGCAAAAACAAGCGGUUUCAUCAAUUAAAUAACAUGAACUGAGUGAUCCCUAUACAGCAGUUCUCUUGAAAACCGCAACAAAUCUUCGACAAAAUUUAAAAUAUCAAGAAAAGAGAUUUGACGAGAGAGAGGGGAGGAAGUAGCGUAACUGUUGAACGAAGAAUCAGGCGUUUUCUCUCUCCCUAAUCGAACUCGGGUUGCUCUGGUUUCGAGCAUUGGUAUAUAGGGUUCGAUCAUCUGUUCGGUGACUAGUGAAACCGUAAACUUUGAUUUCUCGAGUGUGAAGAAGGUUCAAAACUGCUUUCUUUGAGGAUGGAAGAGGCAGCAGGAGAUGAAGGCUUGGAAUUCAAGUGGGGUAAAAAGAGAAGAGUCGGUGGGAAAAAGAAAGAUGUCCAGUUCUAUGAAUCUUUCACCUUUGACGGUGAUGAGUACUCUCUUUAUGACUCUGUCUUAGUUGGCGAUGCCAGUGAACAAGACUCUCAUGAACUCUUUGUUGCCAAGAUCAUUAAAAUUUGGGAACACACUAAUAAGCGUGCUAAAAACCCAAGGCAAGUCAAGCUUCUCUGGUUCUUUAGACCUUCUGAGAUUUCGCCGCAUUUACUUGAAGGAGUCCAAGAUGUGCUUGCAAAUGAGCUGUUUUUGGCGUCUGGUGAAGGUCCUGGCCUCGCUAAUGUCAACCCACUGGAAGCAAUCUGUGGAAAAUGCUCUGUUGUAUGCAUUUCAAAGGACAAAAGGAAUCCACAACCCACAGAUGAAGAAAUCAAGUCUGCAGACUUUGUGUUUCGCCGAGCAUUUGAUGUUGGAAGCUCUAGAGUGGUGGAUACUAUAGAUGAUAAAAUUGCUGGAGUUGACGUUACAUUUCUCUUCAACAGAGCUGGUAGUAAGCAAGAAGCAACUAAUGUACAGAAAAUUCAAGAAGACAUGAAUGGGAGUCUAGAUAGUUUGAAACUAAACAGUCUUCCAGCUUGUGUUUCAGUUCCGGAAACUGAAGACAACUCUAUUGAAUCUUCUGACUGUAGAGAAAGAAGUUAUGGUGGCGAAGAAGGGAAAGAAAAAGGUCUCAGUAAACUUGCAGAAGAAAGGUCUGUCAAGGAUUCUAGUGUGCAGGAAAGCUCAGCCCACGGUAAAGAACAUGACGCUUGUGAAGCUUCUGGCUUUAGAGGAAAUGAUUGUGAUGGCAGCAAGGCUCAAGGAAGUGAAGUUAAGAAACAAUUUACCAAAGAAAAGUCUCUUCCUGCAGAAGCAAGAUCUAGUGACACUUGUGAUGCUUCUGGCUCCAGGGUAAAACAUUCCGAUUCCGAGAAACCUCAAGCAAAUGACGUUAAAAAACCAUUGACUAAACAAAAAUCUGUGUCCGGUGGAGAAAGAUACAGUAAAGAGUCAAACGGAUUGGAUGACAGGCCUCAAAAGAAACAGAAACUAGAUGGUUGUGAUACAGAUGCGUUUAAGAGACCUAGAGACAAAGUGACCGGAGAUGAAGUCCCUCCUGAGAAGCCCAGUUUGGUCAAGAAGCACCGAGAUCUUGGUGUGUCAGUUUCUGAAAGAAGAGACGCAAAAACUGCAAAGAAACCCAGCUUUGAUGGUAAGCUAUUACAACGCGCUGAGGACGAGACGUUGGGAGAUGAUUAUGAAAGAGGUUAUCAAGUAAUUGAAGUGAAACAAAAGCCGGAUGCUGUAAACAGCAAAUGGUUUCGACCUCUUCCUUGGGAAGAAAGUAUGAGGGAAGCAGAGAAGGAAGAGAGAGUGGUUCUCCUUCAAAACCUGGAUCCUACUUACACAUCUGAUGAAGUGCAGGAUAUAGUCUAUUCUGCUUUGAGUGAGCAAUCUACAGCGAGGAUGAUAGAGCGUACAUCAGUCACUAUUUCUCAUACUGGUGAAGCUUUGGUCAUAUUCAAUUCAAGACAAGCUGCGGAAAGAGCGAUUAGAAGACUAGAUAAGGGAUGCUUGUUGCUAUCAAGUGGGAGGCCCCUUGUUGCUGUCUUUGCUAAGAUAAAUCCUCCAGGGAAGCUGUCAUCAUUCUACGGUCAUACCAAACUACAGAAAACUCAAAUGCGACGAGAGACGAGAGAUCGAGUGUCUACAUCGCGUGGCUCUCAGCCGAACACCCUUGAGUAUGUAAUGGCAAUGGAAUGGUACUUGCACCGAGCUAGAUCUGACCAUGCGUUUCAAACUGUUAUUAAGCGGCAAUUGGAGGUGAAAAAAUCGCUGCGGAUUAACUUCAAGGCUAAACUUCCUUAGCUUCAGAAUCAUCUGGUGUUUUCUUGUAAACAUGUACAUCUCUCCUACGACGGUGACUGAAGCAUUUUGCUAUUGUAGGAAGCAUGCCAGGCCAUCAAAGCCAGUGGACAGAGAAGAGCCAUGGCUAUGGCGUUUUUGACUUUACUUGUCCUUUCCACUCUUUGUUUUUUGAUGCUAGUAUGGAUAUCAAUUGCUAUUAUUACUUAACCAAACUGUAAACCGAAUUAAUGAAUCUAAUUUCCGGUUUGGUAUACAAGUAAUUGUCCCCCGUC